AUGUCUAGGAAGCUUACAGCAUGGAAAAGGGAAGUGGGGGUCCCCCAGGGAGCUACGGCCCACACCAGGGCCGAUAUCCAGCUGCUCUCUGGGCUGCUGGCUGAGUGCCGUGAACUUGCCAGCAGUGGCCUCCACUUCCUAGAACAGCCCCCCCCGUCCCUGGAGGUGGGAGAGGGUACCGAGGAGGAGGUAGUCCCUGAGACCCCCCCUGAGGUGGCUAGUGCCAGCAAGACCCCUCAGGCCUCCCUCACCUAUGCUGAGGCUGCAAAGGGUGAGGGGGUUGAGGCUAGGGUCUUUAUGGGGCUACCUUCUGACAGGCUCCGGGGUCUGCUUGUGUCCCUGAAGGCCCAGCAUGCCGAGGCAGACUCUGGCCUAGCUGGGGUCCAGGCAGAGCUAAGGGAGCAGAGGGAAAAAUCAAACAGGACCUCUAAUUACAAAAGAGGUCCUUUGAGGGCCGCUAUAGCUGAGAAAAAAUUAGUGGAGCAGCAUCUAUCCUACACCCUGCUCCAGACUGAAAAGAAAAUAGCAGACAUCCAGGCCAUCCUGCAACAGAGAGCCAAGGACGCUGCGAGGUCCAGGAGGCAGAGGGCUAUGGAGGGCAGGAGGGACAUGUCCCCAGGUGAGGAGUCCAGCAAGGACUUGGAUUCCAACUCCCAUCACUCACCUGGGGAGCCGUCUACCUCUGCCCUUGCUACUCCAGGGGGCGCUGCUGAGACGGAGGGGAAGGCCAGAGAGAAGGACAGUGAAGAGGAGUGGGACGGAGAGAAAGGUGAAGAGUGGCAGCUGAAAGUGCAGGACAGAGGUCGAGGGCUGAUUAAGGAGUCUCUCCUCAAGUUUGGAAACGAACUUGGGGAGGACUCCGUAAAGGACAAAAAGAAGAAAAAGAAGAAAAAGAAAAACAUCGCCCGGCGUCAGCCUGAGACCUCUGUCAGGGGGUCUGGAGAUUCCACAGAGGAGGGUGAGUGCUCAAAUGCUGAGUAUAUGUACAAUGAUGAUGUUCAGGCCUUGCAGAAGCCUGGGGCCAGGGAUACUAACCCUGCAGGUGGCAACACCUGUAUGCCCCAGAAACCUGCACAACCUGCUUCUGUGGAAGUAUCUGGGCCCCCCGCCGCCCUCCAUGGUGACAGGGAGACCAUCCCCGCCGGUACUAUGGCGUGUACCGGUGAUCCCAUGGAGGGGUCCUUCCCUUGCUCCCUUCCCACUCCCUCCCUUACCUGCCUUCCCUCUGACCUUCCUCUCCGUGUGGUUGCGUCCCCUGGAGUGGCUGGUACCUCUGCCUCCUGUCCUCAGGCGGCUGCUGGGCAGGAUGGCACUGGAUGGAGCAGUCUGGAGCAGGGUGAUGGCCCUCCUUUUCCCUCUGCUCCCUUGGAGCAAGCUCGACUGCUCUCCCUACCAGCAAGUCUCCUCCCCUGUUUGUCCCCCAGUCUGUUUCCCUGGAUGUGUCCAAGUUUGUCUUCCAGUCUGUUCCCCCUGCUUCCCUAUGUGUUCCCCUUAUGUCUGAAUGUGUAACCAGUCCCCCUGUUGUUCCUGUUGUUCCUGUUGUUCCUGUUGUUCCUGGUGCCGCGGGUGCCGCUGGCGCUAUGGAAGACAGGACUGCAGGGGACUCCCAUCAUCCUCAGCCAGCAGUCCAUACUGAGGAAACCGCCAGUGGAGGUAAGAAAAGUAUGACUAACAUUGUGUUUGACUCCACUGGUGGUUUAGGGAUGGCUGAGGAGGAUGGGAGUAUGGAUGUAAAUGUAAUGAUGGGACCUAUUGGCCUUAGUAAAAAGGUCCACAGCCAGCCUGUUUGUAUUAAUGAUGUUGCCCCUGCCCCUGGUGUUGUUGCCCCUGCCCCUGGUGUUGUUGCCCCUGCCCCUGGUGUUGUUGCCCCUGCCCCUGGCGUUGUUACCCCUGCCCCUGGUGUUGUUGCCCCUGCCCCCGGUACUAUUGCCCCUGGUGUUGUUGCCCCUGCCUCUGGUUAUGUUGCCCCCGCCCCCGGUACUAUUGCCCCUGCCCCUGGUACUGUUUCCCCUGCCCCUGGUUAUGUUGCCCCCGCCUCAGGUUAUGUUGCCCCUGCCCCUGGUUCACUGGAGUUAGUUGGUACACAGGUGGCGGGCACGAGCACGGGCACAGGCACCCUGACAAAGGGUGCCGCGGUUAUAAAUAGUUUAGACGCACAAGCAGGUACACGGGUUCCCCUUAGGCACUCCCAGGUUGUCACCCAGGGUUCUGGUGUGACCGAGGCCUCUGGUUCAGCGAGGGGAGUCCGUCCGAAUCAUUCCCAGACGGCGGGUCCCGGUGCGCCCCCAGGUCUGCACAGGGUACAAAGUGGGCAGGAUUCACCGCUGUGGCCAUUUCUCGCCAGGGUCUUAAGAAGGUCACUUUCCUGGUGAGAAAUGAAUCCAUCCCCAUAGCAGACAUCCUUGUUUGGACUAAGAGGUUUGGGGAUGUUAAAUCCCCCCCUGUUAAGAUCUUAGAUGAGGAUGGGAUUUGGACAGGCGGAUGGACUGUUUCAGUGUUGCUGCGGGAGAUUCGAGGUGUCACACAGCAUAUGCCUAAUAGUUUUUUCAUCGGGGCUGACCGGGUAUCCUGUUUUUACCCUGGUCAGCCCAGGGUAUGUCACAAGUGCGGAUCGUACAGGCAUUACAGCAUUGCCUGUACGGUCCUCAAAUGCACUAUGUGCGGCGCUGUGGGGCACCUCCGGGACAGCUGCAGGGAGAUCCGGUGUCAUCUGUGUUCAGAGAUGGGUCACACGUACCGCACCUGCCCCGAAGCCCAGCACAAUGUAGAGUCCAUCUGGAGUCAGGAGCCGGUGGAGAUGGACUCUGCUGGGUUAGGGGUUCAGGUAGCAUCGUCAUCUACAAGGCCCAUCUCUGGCACAAGGGUUUCCCUGACCCAGCAACAACCCAUCCUCCCCUCGGUCUCUGUAACAUCUCAGGACCCUGGGAAGGCCACAAGUUCACGUCCCCUCACGAAAAGUGUACGUAGAGAACGCACCACCUCCACAGCCAUUAUGGCUCCCCCUAGACCCCCUCCCCCUAGGCCCCCCCUCCUAAAUUCUCCACGGUAAAGGUUACCCCCACUGAAAAAUCCCCAGAUGCACGUCCCUUAGAUGCACAGUCCCUAGAGUGGAGCACGGUGAAAGGUAAGAAACCCCCCCCCCUCCAAGACCUCGACGCUGCCCUCACCCCGGAAGAUCGCCAUACCCCCUGCGGCGAAACCCCCGAAAGGGGGAGACGCCACUUAUAAGGGUGGUGUGGCACGGGCGUCAUCCUCCUCUUCGGGCUUGCAGGAGGCCCCGGUGCCCGUAUCUAACAGGUACGAGGCACUGUCCUCCAGCUGGGCCGACUGUGAGUACGAGGAGGAGAUGGCGAACCUCCCCGAGGUGGUGGCAGGGGUUGAGGUGGGACAGGAGGUGCUUCUGAGAGACGACGGGCCACUGUAUCCCGGAGUCUCAGUGAAGAGGUUCCUCGGUUCCGACACGGAGGAGGAGGGGUACCGCAGAAGGAAGGGAAAGUCUCCUUAUACUUAA